AUGAUCAAUUUAGAUAUCGAAAAUUUGAAUGACGUAAAUUUAAUUUUAGAAAGACUAGACGCACACGAUAGAUUUAUUGAAGCAAAAAUUGAAUUAUUUGAAGAAAUUGACAAAACAAAAGGUAUUAACAGUUCCUGUAGUAAUCAUACUACUUGUACUACCAACAACAGUAGCGCAAACUACUACAAUGGAAGUGGUGUAACUGCAGUUUGUAGAGAAGAGGACACGCAUAAGGAGUGCUUGUCGACAAACGGUAUAACCGUAAUCACUACAAUCCCUGUGGAUAGUUCUACCUUCAGCUGUGAUGACAAAGGAAAAAACGUAAAAAAGAAAAGCAUCCCAGAAAUAAUAAACACAAAAGAGAAGAAGAGUAUACUAGCAAAUAUUAUUAACAUUUUAAAUUAUAUAUUUCCUGAUUAUGAAUUUAAACAUUUGAAUAAUUCGAAUUAUAAAUAUAUAAGAAAUAUAAAUAGUGUUAUAGAUACAAUUAACUACAAUUUGUUUUAUAUUAUUGAAAAAAUAUAUAGAGGAUUUAAUAAAAGAAUAUGGAAAAUCUUAAAAGAAUUAAUCGAUUUUAAGUCAUGUGAUGUUUAUACCUAUCUGAAUAGUACUGAUAAUGAUCCGUACGUUGACAAGGAAAGUAUUUCAAGUUUUAAUUAUUUUUUUUUUGCAAAAAAGAAUAAAAGAAUUCUAUUCAUAUCAUGUAUAACCAAACCCAAGUACAAAAAUCAAAACGAUGAGGAUUUCAACAAUGUGUUUAUAGGUAUUCAAGAUGAACCUUCCGUGAACGAUAAGAACGAAUGCGAUGACGAGGAUUCGUCGAUUUGUUAG